AUGGCUGCCUUGAAUCUCGAUGACAUCUUCAGUGAUGUCAUGUUUACUCCCGAGGGAGACACCAUCUUCCUCAGUGAGGAGAGGGAAGACGAUAUGUUGAACUCUGGUGAGGGAGAGAACAUUAAGAUUGUUGCCUCCAAAAAGACCGAUGGUGGGUUCAUUCCGACUCCUGCUGGAGGUGGUUUGGAUACCACCAAUCUUGCUGAUCCCUCCAAGGAAGCUCUGGUGAUGGGAAACGCUGCUGUCAAGGCUGUCCCCACUGCUCAGGCUGUUCCCUUCAAGGAGAAGCCCCAAAAGAAGAACCAGCUGGAGUAUGCCGCCAAGAAGAAGAAGAAGAAAGGUGACAAGAAGACCAAGGAAGAUGCCAAGAAGAGCCGUGUCCGCAAAAAGUUUUUGUUGGAAUCUCUCCAACAAUCCGUUGGUUUGUUGAAGGAUGAGAACGAGAAGCUUCGAAAUGCCAUUAAGACUCACUUGGGUGCCGACCAAGCAGAGAAGCUCUUCCGUCAAAAGGGAGGCGGUGGAGACGAAGGAUUGAUUGCCUCCACUCAGGGUAUCGCCAACAAGGUCUUGGACGAUCCUGAUUUCUCUUUCAUCAAGGCCCUGCAAACUGCCCAGCAGAACUUUGUGGUUACCGAUCCUUCCUUGCCCGACAACCCGAUUGUCUACGCCUCUCAAGGAUUCCUCAACCUUACCGGUUACUCCCUUGAUCAAAUCUUGGGACGUAACUGCCGUUUCUUGCAAGGACCCGAGACCGAUCCCAAGGCUGUGGAGCACAUCCGCAAGGCCAUCGAACAGGGUAACGACAUGAGUGUUUGCUUGCUCAACUACCGUGUCGACGGCACCACCUUCUGGAACCAGUUCUUCAUUGCCGCUUUGCGUGAUGCCUCUGGUACUGUCACCAACUUUGUCGGUGUCCAGUGUAAGGUCAGCGAUCAAUACGCUGCCACCGUUACCAAGCAGCAGGAUGAAUCAGGAGAACCCUCUGGUUAG